CGGAAAUCGAAGCAGGGUUCUCGUUUUUCCGGCAACCAGUCCUGGGAGUGGCAAAGGGGCGACCAUAUCUCUGUUCCAGGCAACCAUGUUCGGAGGUUUCCAGCUGCGUCGAACAAGGGCCGCUUUGCCCCGGUGAAUUCAGACUCGAAUGUACUACUCCAACAGGCUGUAAUUUGUUCUCUUCUAUUCAAAUUGAAAGCAAAACUUUUAGUUUUAGUGUUGAAUUUCAUUAUCCUUGCCAACCUAGGUAUUGCAAAUGCAGAAUGAGAAAUGGAAUGCCUGUGAAAGCACCACUUUGGACUUCAUGGACUGAUAAAAAUCGAGGGAGACGUUUCUACGGAUGCCCCAAUUAUGAGAGUGAUAGCUGUGGUUUGUUUGAAUGGCAUGAUGAGCCAUUAACUGGUAGGGCAAAAGUUGUUAUUAAUGAGCUCAAAUUGGAAAAUAAACAGCUACGUCUAAGAUUUGGAAACUGGAGCAUGACAUAGGUGGAAGGGGAUUUGAUACUAAUGAGCUUCAAG